CGGAGAACUGCUUCGGUUAUCUAAGGGUCACCAAAGCGCUGUAAACAUGCAGGAACACGAGUACCAAGGUAUUAGGUUUCCUGGUGAAAUUUCUAAGGAAACUUUGGAUGUCAUUCCUGACUACCCUGUCCGUGAUGACGACAUUUUCAUCGUGACCUACCCAAAAGCAGGUACGAACUGGAUGAUAGAGAUAGUGAGCAAGGUCAUGAAAGCUGCCGGAAAGAUGGCUACUCCUGAAGAACACUCCAUGUGGUGUUUCGAACUGCAUAUGCCGGGAGAUGAAAAACCACGUCAUGAACUUAUGAAAGACGCGCCAUCUCCACGUAUAAUCCACACACACCUACAACGGCACCUGGCCCCCAAAACGGUCGCCAAUCCUACAGGAAAGAUAAAAGUAAUUGUAGUGAUGAGGAACCCGAAAGACACGGCUGUGUCUCUGUACCACUAUAACAAGAAAAUGGUAGAGACGUACGGCGGUUGUGAUGCUAUCAAAAAACGUCUCGAAUCUUGGGAAGGGUAUGCAGAGGUCUUUCUUAAAGGAAAAGGCAUUUUUGGUGACUUCUACGACCACGUCCUCGGCUGGUGGCAGAUGAAGGAUGACCGCCAUUUUUUCUUCAUCAAGUAUGAAGACAUGAAGAAGGACCUGCGUAGUGUGGUCAGCGAAGUUGCAUCCUUCCUGGAGACCAGCCUGGACGACGCUGCCGUCACCAACAUCGCCGAGUCAUGCACUUUCGACAGUUUGAAGGCAUCUUGGGGCAAAUCAGAAUUAGCUAUGAAAAAACUCAUCUGCAGAAAAGACACGGCUGUGUCUUUUUACCACUACGAGAAGAAAAUGUUCAAGGAGUACAGCCGCCCCGGCGAUGUUGUCCCUAAACGUUACGAAUCUUGGGAAGCCUAUGCAGACAACUUCCUUAAAGGAAAAGUCAUUUUUGGUGACUUCUACAACCAUGUCCUCGGCUGGUGGCAGAUGAAGGAUGACCACCAUUUUCUCUUCCUGAAGUAUGAAGACAUGAAGAAGGACCUGCGCAGUGUGGUCAGCGAGGUCGCAUCCUUCCUGGAGACCAGCCUAGACGCCGCUGCCGUCACCAACAUUGCCGACUCGUGCACUUUUAACAAUUUAAAGGCAGUCUGGAGCAAUUCAGGAUCAGUUAUGAAAGAAAACAUCUGCAGAAAAGGUGUCAUUGGCGAUUGGAAGAGCAUGUUCACACCGGAGAAAAAUGAAGCCUAUGAUGACAAGCACAAGCUCAGGCUGGCUGGGACUGGUCUGGAGUUUGAUUUUGAGUAGUACCACGCAUAUGUGCGUGUAGUAAACGUCAGGGUAGAGAU